AUGUCAUUAUUUUUCAGCAAGGAAGACGAUGUUAAAGGUAAAGUUGCCAUUAUCACUGGUGGAACCAAGAACUUAGGAGGUGGCGUUGCGAAGGAAUUGGCAAGAUUCGGAACAAAUCUCUUCCUUCAUUAUCAUUCCUCUAGUGAUAAGGAGAAGUCAGAGGCUUAUGCAAAAGAGCUUUCUAGCUCUUACGGUAUAAAAGUUUAUACUUAUGGGGGCGACUUAAAUACCGCAGACCAAUUAUCAGCACUUUUCAAGGAGGCUAAAAGUAAGUUUCCUAAUGGUGUUGAUAUUGCCAUUAACUGUAUUGGAAUGGUAUUGAAAAAACCAAUAGUUGAUAUUUCUCAAGCCGAGUUUGAAAAGAUGGAUCAAGUCAACAACAAAACAGCUUUUUUUUUCAUUCAAGAAGCUUCAAAGAAUUUGAAUGAGAAUGGUAAGAUCGUGACUGUUGUCACUUCGUUGUUGGCCGCUUAUACGCCAUUCUACUCUACCUAUCAAGGUACAAAGGCACCAGUGGAGUUCUAUUCCAAAUCUGCAUCUCAAGAGCUCAAGAGUAAGGCCAUUUCAGUGAACUGUGUCGCACCAGGCCCAAUGGAUACACCAUUCUUCUAUCCCCAAGAAAAGAAGGAUGACGUUGAAUUCUACAAGAGUGUUGUGAUGAAGAAUAAAUUGACCAAGAUUGAAGACAUUAUCCCUAUUAUCAGAUUUUUGGUUACUGAAGGGGGUUGGAUCACUGGUCAAACUAUUUUUGCUUCCGGAGGUUUUACCGCUCGUUGA